AUGAACUCUGUCCAGAAGCCCGGUGCUAAUGAAGUGGUGUCCACUCCACUGUGCUAUGAAGUGAAUGGUUCCUGCUCCAGAACGCUUCAUUCCUUUGGCGUCCAGCUGGCCAUCUACAUGGCCUGUGCCAUGGGCAUGCUGCUCACAGUACUGGGGAACCUGAUGGUGGUGAUUGCAGUCUCCCACUUCAAUACCCUACAUACCCCCACCAACUUCUUACUACUCUCCCUGGCCCUUGCAGAUCUCCUCCUGGGGAUAACAGUGCUGCCCUUCAGCACUAUCCGAUCUGUGGAGAGCUGCUGGUAUUUUGGAGAUGACUUUUGUAGGCUGCAUACCUUUCUGGACACUGUCUUUUGUUUGACCUCUAUAUUUCAUCUGUGUUUUAUUUCCAUUGAUCGUCACUAUGCUAUCUGUGAUCCUUUGCUCUACCCCACUAAGUUUACUAUAAGAGUGGCAUGCAUAUAUAUAGUGAUAGGGUGGGGGGUACCCGUGAUUUAUACUUUUGUCUUGCUCUAUACCGAUGCAAUUGAAGAAGGGUUGGGCCAUUUCUUACAAGACAUGCCCUGUGUUGGUAGAUGUCAGCUGCUGUUCAACAAACUUUGGGGCUGGUUGAACUUCCCUCUCUUUUUCUUCCCUUGCCUCAUAAUGAUAACUUUGUAUGUGAAAAUAUUUAUUGUGGCAAACAGACAAGCUAGACAGAUAAGCAACAUGAACAAGAGUGCUGGAUCUGGGCUACACUUAGGAGCAUCAAAGAGGGAAAGAAAGGCAGCUAAAACACUCGGUAUAGCUGUAGGAAUCUACCUCCUGUGCUGGCUGCCCUUUACUAUAGACACUCUGGUAGACUGUCUUCUAAAUUUCAUUACCCCACCGGUUCUCUUUGAUAUCCUAAUCUGGUUUGCUUACUUUAAUUCAGCCUGCAAUCCCUUGAUUUAUGUGUUUUCCUACCGUUGGUUCAGGAAGGCAGUGAAACUAAUUUUAACUCGCAACAUGUUUGGUUCUGGGACAUCUACCGUAGACUUGUACCAGGAAUGA